AUGAAGGCACCUGAGGCGACGCUACGGCUUCCACCACAGGGCAUGUGGCCACCACUGCCCCCUCGCUACGUUAUCUCGGAGAGGGGUCUACAGCAGUGGAAAGAAGGAAUACGCCAGUGGGAGGAAGAGGUCAAUCAGCAAAGCUCAUCUCAGCUCCGGGCUUUGUAUGAAAACACUGCACGUGUCGUACUCGGCGAGCUGCUGUCGAGCCAGCUCCUGGAGCCUGAGGUUGGGGGUGCCCGAAGAGCGCUGUUUUCAGCCUGGGCAAAUGUCAUGAUUUUUUGUUUUCAAAGAUACCUUCCUUUGCAACACAAGCCAUUCCGGGUCCCUGGCAACUGGUCAGAAGAAGUCAUUGGUCUGCAGGUGCUGCACUUUGCAAGCCGCUUCUUGCGGGAUGCUCAAAGCAUGUCACAGAGAUGCCUCUCAAUUUUGUUGUUUGAGAAGCUGGUUGGGCUUCAAGGCCUUGAAUACUGA